GAAAUGUUAAAAACGUAAUGGUGGCUGCUUGCGGUCCAUUCCAUUGCUGACAACAUUAUUUAUAAAACCGUGUGAAAACCUUCAAAAACUAAAAUUUUGCCCGAAGAUUUUUUUUUUAUAUUUUCAGUAUGAAUCAAUGUUGCUUUAUUUGCAACAAUAGAGCAUCGCUGGCCCUCAAAAAUGCUAUCAACCUCUUUGGAGAAGACAGCAAAUUUCCCUCAGGAAAGAAAAUUUCAGAAGUUCUAAGCGAGAUAGUUGGAAAGCCUGUUCAAGAUAAAAAAGUGCAUACUGAUAUUUUAUGUAAGAAGUGCUGGAAAAGCUGUAACGAUUAUGAUACCACUCGCAUCAGAUUAGAAACAAUAAAAUCGGAAUUACUAGGACAAUUCAAAUCAACGAUAACAGCUUACAAAUUAGAUUAUGAAAAUUAUGAAAAAAAUGAAUAUGGGACACCUCAGAAACAGAAAUCGGUUGUGGGAAAGAAAUUGGUGUUGCCAGCCUCAAAAUUACAACCUAUACCCCCGGAUUUGUUACUAAAAGUUGGGAAAUUAGCGGCUUUUUCUAAACCUAAUAUUAUUUUACCACAAAUAAAGCCAGUUACAGCCUCAACUUUAAACUUAAAAGUAACAGUCGGAUCCUCAGUUCUAACUCAAACAAUAAAAACAACAACGGCCAAACCUAUAGAAAAACAACAAAUUGACACAAAUUCCAUAUUAAAUUCUCUAUCGAAUGCAUUGAAAGAUGAUAUAGACAGUUUGACAACGGCCGAUGAGAAAUCCAUAAUCAAUUUUGAUAUAAAUUCUUUACCAAAAGACUUUUUGUCAGGAACAGUUUUGAGGAAGAUGAAUGAAAAAGACAAUGGGAAAAGUAAUAACAUAACUGAUGAUCAUCCGAUGGAAAUUGAUGAAGAUUGUCUAUCAGUGGUUCCGGUCACGUCAGCGGGUAAUGGGCUUCUCUUACAAGUGGAGAGCUUACAGUCCACUCCCCGGACUGAAGGGACACAUUAUUUGGACAUCGACCCCCUGGACAUUUCCGGGGGUAAUUCAGACUCCCAGAAAUAUAUACUUGGCAAGCUACAAAUGCUAAACGAACAGGAGGAUGAUGAUGAUGAUGAAGAAGGCCAUACAAUCGUGGUGGACAGUGAGAACGGUUCGAUACUGCGAAUGGUAACGGGUCAGAAGUUUAUAUACGAGGGCGGCGAGAUAUCCUUGGUAAUGCCUGAUGAUGAUCAGGUCGAAGGCAACGGGGAACAGCAAGACCAUGGUGAUAGUCAAGAUUCCAAUGAUGAGUCGCAAAUAGAGUUGCAAGUGUCGGGGGAUGAAGAAACUGCGAACGCCAUCAUAGCGGCGGCACAGGAACAAGGUGGAGCGUUUAUAAAGGUGGAGUCGGGCGAGAUGUUCCGCGUGAAGUCAGUAAGUAGCGCGGCGCGGCCCGCCACCCCACUGCAGAUAGUCGCGCCGCAGGGAGACAAGUUCAAGUGUCUACUCUGCGAGAAAAAUGGAACAGACCAGGACCUGGUAAGCGAAGCUGACGAAAUGAUGCGACAUUUGAAGACCGUUCACGACGCUCGCAUCUACUUGUGUCGGUUCUGUGGCGCUGUUAUGAGGAAACGUAACGAAUACGCCACUCAUAUAGUGAAUAUGUGCAGCUGUAAACGGGACGCAGAUUCACAAUAUCCACCGAGAUAUCUUGAAGGUGAGAACUAUUUUAGAAAUGAUUCCAAGCAUACUGAAUAUGCGCGGGAGCAAGUUCACCCCAAAAACAUUUAG